CCCUCUAUCGUUUUGCGUUGGGAGUUAGAGUGGAAAACUAGGAUCAGGCGUUAGACCGGAAGUGUCAAAAUAAAGGCCGGGCUGGUGUGCGCGAUUUUUAGUAGUCGUUUCCCAAGAUGCCGGUGUUUUGCCAGCCGUGCCGGGGAGGAAGUAGCAGUGUCGAUGCCGGCUGCUUGUGACUGAGGUGCUUUCAACACUGAAGAACGCUAUGGUCUGUACUGCUGUUUUGGCUAUUCCUCCGUUACUGAGAAGUACCACUAGAGUUCUUCCUAUUAGUUCUUCAUUGUUACAUUUGAGACAUGUAGCAUUUUGUUAUUGCACAGUCAAUGGCAAAAUGAAAUCCAAAAGAAAGUCUGAUCAUCUUGAGAGAACAGCGAACGACUUUCGGCAGGAGAUUAUUUCUAAAGCAAAAGUUUGCGGAAUCAUCAGUGAAUCUGAAACUGUCAGAAGGCUCCGUUUGGCCGUCACAGAUGAUCAAUUUACUUUUAAGGCAGGACAAUGGGUAGACUUCUUUAUACCUGGAGUUGCUGUAGUUGGUGGAUUCUCAAUAUGUUCAAGUCCUGGUCUUUUGGAACAAGAGGGAGUAUUGGAACUUGCAGUAAAAUAUACAACACACCCUCCUGCUCAUUGGAUUCACACUCAGUGUGCUCUUGACUCAGAAGUGGCUUUGAGAGUGGGCGGCAACUUCUUCUUUGAUCCGCAGCCUGCUGACUCCUCCUCUAACCUAGUGCUCAUCGCUGGGGGAGUAGGAAUUAACCCUUUGUUUUCUAUACUGCUCCACGUCGCAGACCUUCACAAAGCCCAGGACAAUAAAGGGACUGGGUACAAAAUGGGAAUGACAAACCUGUUCUACUGUGCAAAAAACACCCACGAGCUACUAUUUAGGAAACAUAUCCUUGGUUUGACAAAUGCAUUUCCUGGAAAAAUCGGAUGCAGUUUCCACGUUACCCAGCAGAGUUCACCGAUCUGUGAGAAACUUCAACCUUACAUCAAGGAAGGAAGACUAUCUGGAAAUGAUCUAGAAAAGUACAUCUCCAAGGAUACUUUGUGGUACAUCUGUGGUCCACCUCCAAUGAUAGAAUCCAUCUCCAAGCUGCUAGAAAACCUUGGUGUGGCUCAAGAGAACAUUUUCUUUGAAAAGUGGUGGUAGCACAUCCAGCAGCUCUUCAGUAGAAAAUAAAAAUGACGAUGGAUUGAAUAUAUAUGAUAUAUAUGAAUGCUGAGAGUUUACAGAAAGUGGAUACUUUUCCAUUUGCACAAAUGAGACCUUUCUGUAUGAAAUUGUGUAACUUAUUUUAAACGACCAAUAGAUUUUUUAAAAAUAAAAACGCUCCACUAUGGAAACAUGAGAAACUUAUAGAUGUGAUUGACUCAAUUAUAAUGUCUGUAAUUAAAUAAUAUAUUUCCUUAA